AAAAAAUCUUUAACACCUUAGGUGUAAAGCAAUAUAUGGUAUAUAUAAACGGGCGAUAAAUUCAAAAAAAGUAUACUUUGAACAAGUACCUUCAAAAGUAUCUAAUACAUCAACUUAGAAUCUUUGAAAUCAAAUUUCAAGAAAAAUCUCUAAAAUCAAAAAUGAAUCAACAAACUGUUGUUAUUCCCUGCCCACCACCAAAGAAGCAAGUCAGCUGUCCUAAACCAGCUCCUUGCCCAGAACCACAAAAGCAAGUAAGCUGCCCAAAACCAGAACCACCAAAGCAAGUAAUCUGCCCAAAACCAGAACCACAACAGCAAGUAUCUUGCCCUAAACCAGAACCACCAAAGCAAGUAAUCUGCCCAAAACCAGAACCACAACAGCAAGUAUCUUGCCCUAAACCAGAACCACCAAAGCAAGUAAUCUGCCCAAAACCAGAACCACAACAGCAAGUAUCUUGCCCUAAACCAGAACCACCAAAGCAAGUAAUCUGCCCAAAACCAGAACCACAACAGCAAGUAUGUUGCCCUAAACCAGAACCACCAAAGCAAGUAAUCUGCCCAAAACCAGAACCACAACAGCAAGUAUCUUGCCCUAAACCAGAACCACCAAAGCAAGUAAUCUGCCCAAAACCAGAACCACAACAGCAAGUAUGUUGCCCUAAACCAGAACCACCAAAGCAACAAAUCUGCUGCCCAGAACCACCGAAACAACAAGUCUGCUCUCCCAAACAAGCUUCUAAAGAAUAAAAGAAGAAAUAGUAGGCGCACGCGCACUGUACAAAUAAAAUUUCUCAAAAUAAGAAACAUUUAAAACUGUUUAAAAAUUGCUGAAAACUUUCAAUAUAAUUCGGACACAACUUUUUAAAAGAUGUCGAUUAUUUAUACAGCGCGAAAAAGAAACUUGUAACCAUUCAAAAACAAAAAAAAAAUGCGUGACAAAUGAGACAAUUUUCAUUUAUACAACAAACCAGAAAUUCUUUUUGAAUACAGAAUAAUUUAAAAGUGUUGAAAUUUGAAUAUAAAAUAUAUUGUACUACUUCUGUUUAUACUUCAAAAAUACUGUGUAAUAAUAUUCAAUAAAAUAAUUCUUGUCUUUUACGCUAA